GCUAACAGCAGCAACCACAUGUAAAGGAGCAGGGAGAUCGCGAACGAAAUUCUGACGGUGGUCUUCUUCCUUUUUUCUGACCAGAGAGUCUUUGCAAAGUUGGAAGCCGUACAAGUCAAAUUAGAGAUUCCAGACAUAGGAUUUUAUUGAAGCUAGACUGGCUGGCUAUAAGCCUGAAUAAGUUUUUCUAAAGGCCUACCUUGUUGUCCUCGCUCGACCGGUGGUUGCUUUGUUUGACAUAGGCUAGAGAAAAGAUCGAAUUUUUUAUCAUCUUCCCCCUAGAUGUUAAAAAACAAUUUGCCAGUAGAUGAGUAAUAACACGGAUGAUAUAGAUGAUUUCGACGUGGACUUAGAGUCGACUUGCCUUGUGGAACAGAAAAGAAAUGGCACUGUUAAAAAGACAGAGAAUGGUGAAGUUGAGCCAUUGUUAAAGACACUGAGAAAACCUUCUGACCUGCAACUCAAAUUAGAAAGGCAAGUAGAAAAGUCAAGACAAAUAUCACAAGGCAAAAUGGUGUCAAGAGGCAGCUUGAUUGUACCAGGUAAAGGAGGAUUCACUGACCUUAGGCCUGAAGAGCCCCCACUUGUAGCUCUAUCUUCAUCUAGCAUUGAUGAAGAUUUUGAAGAUGUGGAAUUGGUAUCCCCAACAGAUAUUAUAUUUAAACAACCCCAGAGCCCUUAUAAGCAUGGUCCAGAAGAUUGCACCCAACAGUUGCUUAAAGAUGGAUACAGGUUGGAUGAAUUAUCAGAUGACGAGGAUUUGGAUUUAAUUCUUCCCAAAAGACAACCACAAACUUGGUGCUCUUGUGAGAAUUCUUGCGUUUUACAAUGAUACACACAUUUCGCUUUUAACAUGAUAUGAUUUUGACGUAAGACUUCUUAGUUAAAGCUUCUUUUAUUUAAUAUUGCGAACAAACCACAAGGUAGGGUUUCAAAAUAACAUAAUCUUUUUCAAGAGAAAGUAAGAGUCUUUGUUGCAAAAUUCCUUUUUCUUAUGAAGUUUUGUUGUUUUUACCCAUCCCCCUUCACAUUUUUUACAUCUUAAUACAAUGCAUUAGGAACUGCAUUAGAAAUAUUAAUUCGUCCCGGAUAAGAUCCAUAACGCACUUUACAAGAUGGCAUUAUACAUAGCGUAGAAUAUAAUUGUAGAGUUUGAAUUUCGACUUUUGUAUACAAUGCACAAUGAAAUUUCCUGCGAUUCACUUUAAACACCCUCCCCCUUCAUUAUUUCCAAAUGUCAAUUGCUUGAAAAUCAUGUUGAUUAAAUGCCUUAACGGCAAAAAUGCAGACCAUAGAUCAUACAUUAUGAUGAAAAACUUCUGUUUUUGUUAUAUUAAUCUCGAUAACAUUUGUUAGCGUCUUGUGAAUUGAUAAAUCCAGAAAUUUUACGUAAGUAACCUAAUUGUAUUUAUUUGCAACGCAGUUAGUGGUAUUAUUCUAUACAGCCUGCAAUCCAUCCAACCUUAAUCUUUUCAUAAAAGUAAUCAUUAUAAUAUCUAGUUAGUCAUAAUAUAGCAGUUCAGAAUUGUAAUAUUUGUUAUGCGUCUCUACUUUAAGUUUCUCAAUCUCCAAGAAAAUGUUUCGUUUUCGGCUAAUGCUCUUUGAAUGCUAUGUGAUUUUUCCUAAUAAUUGCUUCUUGUAUUGCUGUUACAGAAAGUUUCUAUCGCAGAAAUAUCGAUAGAAAAUGAUGAUUAACCUUUUUGAGGAAUUUAUCUUGAUUAUGCAUUAGCAAUUAUGUAAUGAAGUUUCAGAGUUAACAUUUGGCAAUAAUUUGUCUAA